GCAUUACGGCGCCCGUUCCCGGCUCCUAGCGCCGAGCGAGCCAUGGCCGAGCGCCGCGCCUUCGCGCAGAAGAUCAGCAGAACCGUGGCGGCUGAAGUCAGGAAGCAGAUCUCAGGGCAGUAUGGAGGGUCUCCCCAGCUUCUCAAAAACCUCAAUAUUGGAGGCAGCGUCUCUCAUCACACAACCGUGCCGCUUACAGAAGCAGUGGACCCGGUUGAUUUGGAGGAUUACCUUAUCACACACCCCAUUGCAGUCGAGUCUGGCCCCUUGAGAGACUUGCUCGAGUUUCCUCCCGAUGACAUUGAGGUUGUGUACACCCCCCGAGAAUGUCGGACGCUUGUGUCAGCUGUUCCUGAAGAGAGUGAGAUGGACCCUCACGUGAGGGACUGUGUGAGAAGUUACACGGAAGACUGGGCAAUUGUGAACAGAAAGUAUCACAAACUGGGGACUGGAUUUAAUCCCAACACUUUAGACAAACAGAAGGAGAGGCAAAAGGGGCUCCCCAAACAGGUCUUUGAGUCUGAUGAAGCUCCAGAUGGCAACAGUUACCACGAUGAACAAGAUGACCUUAAGCGGCGCUCAAUGUCGAUUGACGAUACUCCUCGGGGCAGCUGGGCUUGCAGUAUUUUUGAUCUGAAGAACUCCCUUCCAGAUGCCCUUCUCCCAAACCUGCUGGACCGAACCCCCAAUGAAGAGAUUGACCACCACAAUGAAGAUCAGAGGAAGUCCAAUAGGCAUAAGGAGCUUUUUGCACUACACCCGGCUCCAGAUGAGGAGGAGCCUAUAGAACGACUUAGCAUUCCUGAAGUACCCAAAGAGCACUUUGGCCAAAGACUCCUGGUGAAGUGUUUGUCUCUUAAGUUUGAGAUAGAAAUUGAGCCCAUUUUUGCAAGUUUGGCUUUGUAUGAUGUUAAAGAAAAGAAAAAGAUUUCAGAAAAUUUCUACUUUGAUUUAAACUCCGAACAAAUGAAGGGAAUGCUCCGUCCACAUGUCCCCCCUGCUGCUAUAUCCACGCUGGCCAGGUCUGCCAUCUUUUCAAUCACCUAUCCCUCUCAAGAUGUGUUUCUGGUAAUAAAGCUUGAAAAAGUAUUACAGCAGGGAGAUAUUGGUGAAUGUGCUGAGCCUUACAUGAUUUUUAAAGAAUCCGAUGCAGCAAAGAAUAAGGAAAAGCUGGAAAAACUGAAAUGCCAGGCAGAACAGUUUUGCCAAAGACUGGGCAAAUAUCGGAUGCCUUUUGCGUGGACAGCCAUUCAUUUAAUGAACAUUGUGAGCAGUGCUGGAAGUUUGGAAAGAGAUUCCACAGAAGUAGAAGUUGGCACAGGAGAACGCAAAGGCUCGUGGUCAGAGAGAAGGAAUUCCAGUAUCGUUGGGCGGCGUUCGUUAGAGAGAACCACAAGCGGUGAUGAGGCUUGCAAUUUGACCAGUUUUAGGCCAGCUACUCUGACAGUGACAAACUUCUUUAAGCAGGAGGGUGAUCGCCUGAGUGAUGAAGAUCUGUACAAGUUCCUGGCUGACAUGAGACGGCCGUCAUCAGUGUUACGGAGAUUGAGACCUAUCACAGCUCAAUUGAAGAUAGACAUAUCUCCAGCUCCAGAGAAUCCCCAUUACUGCCUAACUCCAGAGUUGCUGCAAGUGAAACUUUACCCAGACAGCAGAGUCAGACCUACAAGAGAGAUCCUGGAGUUUCCUGCCAGGGAUGUCUACGUUCCAAAUACCACAUACAGGAAUCUUCUUUAUGUCUAUCCUCAGAGCCUUAACUUUGCCAACCGCCAAGGAUCUGCCAGGAAUAUCACUGUGAAAGUCCAGUUCAUGUAUGGAGAGGACCCAAGCAAUGCUAUGCCGGUCAUCUUUGGCAAAUCUAGCUGUCCUGAAUUUUCCAAAGAAGCAUACACUGCUGUAGUAUAUCAUAACAGGUCACCUGAUUUUCACGAGGAAAUCAAGAUUAAGCUUCCAGCCACUUUAACCGAUCACCACCAUCUGCUUUUUACUUUCUACCAUGUCAGCUGCCAACAAAAACAAAACACUCCCCUGGAGACUCCAGUUGGAUACACCUGGAUUCCGAUGCUUCAAAAUGGACGGUUAAAGACUGGUCAGUUCUGUCUCCCUGUCUCACUGGAAAAACCACCACAGGCAUAUUCAGUGCUUUCUCCAGAGGUUCCACUUCCUGGAAUGAAGUGGGUGGAUAAUCACAAAGGAGUUUUCAAUGUAGAAGUUGUUGCUGUCUCAUCCCUCCAUACUCAGGACCCUUAUCUUGACAAGUUCUUUGCACUUGUCCAUGCUCUGGAUGAGCACAUGUUCCCUGUGCGAAUAGGAGACAUGAGAAUUAUGGAAAACAACUUGGAAAAUGAACUGAAGAGCAGCAUUUCAGCUUUAAAUUCCUCUCAACUGGAGCCGGUAGUGCGAUUUCUUCAUCUCCUGCUUGACAAACUGAUUCUUCUGGUAGUAAGACCUCCUGUCAUUGCAGGCCAAAUAGUAAACCUGGGCCAAGCAUCUUUUGAAGCAAUGGCUUCAAUCAUAAACAGACUUCACAAGAACUUGGAUGGAAACCAGGACCAGCAUGGCAGAAACAGCCUUCUUGCUUCCUAUAUUUACUAUGUUUUUCGCCUACCAAAUACCUAUCCCAACUCGCCAUCACCAGGUCCCGGUGGCUUAGGGGGAUCAGUGCAUUAUGCCACCAUGGCUCGAUCUGCUGUCCGACCAGCAAGCCUUAACCUGAACCGCUCACGGAGCCUCAGCAACAGCAACCCAGAUAUAUCUGGGACCCCCACCUCACCUGAUGAUGAAGUUCGCUCGAUCAUUGGCAGUAAGGCUACGGAUCGAAGUUGUAAUCGUAUGUCUUCGCACACUGAGACGUCAAGUUUCUUACAAACAUUAACAGGACGGUUACCAACUAAAAAGCUUUUCCAUGAAGAGCUGGCCUUACAGUGGGUCGUGUGCAGUGGGAGUGUGCGGGAGGCAGCCCUGCAGCAGGCCUGGUUCUUCUUCGAGCUGAUGGUGAAGAGCAUGGUGCAUCAUUUGUAUUUUGCUGACAAACUGGAUGCUUCAAGAAAGAAUCGUUUUCCUGAGCGUUUCAUGGAUGAUGUAACUGCUUUGGUCAGCACAAUUGCUGGUGAUAUAGUCUCUCGGUUUCAGAAGGAUACAGAAAUGGUUGAAAGGCUCAACACCAGUCUUGCAUUUUUCCUCAAUGAUCUAUUGUCUAUCAUGGACAGAGGAUUUGUUUUUGUUCUUAUUAAGACCUGCUACAAACAGGUGUCUUCAAAGCUGUAUUCCUUAACAAACCCAAGUAACCUGGCAUCUUUGAGGCUGGACUUCCUUCGCAUCAUUUGCAGCCAUGAACACUAUGUCACCUUGAAUUUACCCUGCAGCUUGCUCACACCGCCUGCGUCUCCAUCACCGUCUGUGUCUUCAGCAACUUCCCAGAGUUCUGGGUUCUCCACAAAUGUCCAAGACCAGAAGAUUGCAAAUAUGUUUGAAUUGUCUGUGCCUUUCCGUCAACAGCAUUACUUGGCUGGGCUUGUGUUAACAGAACUGGCUGUCAUUUUAGAUCCUGAUGCAGAAGGUUUAUUUGGAUUGCAUAAGAAGGUCAUCAAUAUGGUACACAACUUACUGUCCAGUCACGACUCGGACCCGCGGUACGCUGACCCGCAGGUAAAGGCCCGGGUGGCAAUGCUGUAUCUACCUCUGAUUGGUGUGAUCAUGGAAACGGUGCCUCAGCUCUAUGAUUUUACAGAGAGUCACAAUCAGCGAGGGAGGCCGAGCUGCGUCACUGCUGAUGAUUAUGAAGGCGAGAGUGGAAGCAUGAUAAGCCAGACAGUUGCCAUGGCCAUUGCAGGAACAUCGGUCCCUCAGCUCACCAGGCCCAGCAGUUUUCUACUCACCUCAUCGAGCGGCAGGCAGCACUCCACCUUCUCAACAGAGUCCAGCCGCAGCCUCCUGAUCUGUCUCUUGUGGGUGCUCAAGAAUGCAGAUGAAAGUGUCUUACAGAAGUGGUUCACAGACCUGUCAGUGCUGCAGCUCAAUCGCCUGCUGGAUUUGCUUUAUCUUUGCGUAUCCUGUUUUGAAUACAAGGGCAAGAAAGUGUUUGAAAGAAUGAACAGUCUGACGUUCAAGAAGUCAAAAGACAUGAGAGCCAAGCUUGAAGAGGCUAUUUUGGGAAGCAUAGGAGCAAGGCAGGAAAUGGUCCGAAGAAGCAGAGGACAGUUAGAGAGAAGUCCUUCUGGGAGCGCUUUUGGAAGUCAAGAGAAUUUGAGAUGGAGAAAGGAUAUGACUCACUGGCGUCAAAACACGGAGAAGCUUGACAAAUCACGAGCAGAGAUAGAACAUGAAGCACUUAUUGAUGGAAAUCUUGCAACAGAAGCAAAUCUAAUUAUUUUGGAUACACUAGAGAUAGUUGUACAGACUGUUUCUGUGACGGAGUCCAAAGAGAGCAUCCUUGGCGGGGUGCUGAAGGUGCUUCUGCACAGCAUGGCCUGCAACCAAAGUGCACUUUAUCUCCAACACUGCUUCGCCACACAGAGAGCUUUGGUCUCAAAGUUCCCUGAGCUGCUGUUUGAAGAGGAGACAGAGCAGUGUGCAGAUCUGUGCCUGAGGCUCCUGAGACACUGUAGCAGCAGCAUCAGCACAAUACGGUCACACGCGAGUGCCUCACUUUACCUUCUGAUGAGGCAAAACUUUGAGAUUGGGAAUAACUUUGCCAGAGUGAAAAUGCAGGUGACUAUGUCUCUCUCAUCCCUGGUGGGGACAUCCCAGAAUUUCAAUGAGGAAUUUUUACGACGUUCCUUGAAGACUAUUUUAACAUAUGCUGAAGAAGAUCUGGAACUCAGAGAGACAACAUUUCCUGAUCAGGUCCAAGAUCUAGUAUUCAACCUGCACAUGAUCCUCUCUGACACAGUUAAAAUGAAGGAGCACCAGGAAGAUCCAGAAAUGCUAAUUGACCUGAUGUACAGGAUUGCAAAGGGCUAUCAGAAUUCCCCUGACCUGCGCUUGACCUGGUUACAGAACAUGGCUGGAAAGCACUCAGAGAGGAGCAAUCAUGCAGAGUCAGCACAGUGUUUGGUCCACUCUGCAGCCUUGGUGGCUGAGUAUCUGAGCAUGCUCGAGGACCGAAAAUACCUCCCUGUAGGAUGCGUUACAUUUCAGAACAUAUCUUCUAAUGUUUUGGAAGAGUCAGCAGUUUCUGAUGAUGUUGUGUCACCAGAUGAAGAAGGUAUCUGUUCUGGAAAGUAUUUCACAGAAGCUGGUCUGGUGGGAUUGCUGGAGCAGGCUGCAGCAUCUUUCUCCAUGGCUGGCAUGUAUGAAGCAGUUAAUGAGGUUUACAAAGUCCUUAUUCCUAUUCAUGAAGCUAACAGAGAUGCCAAGAAGCUAUCCACUAUUCAUGGUAAACUCCAAGAAGCUUUUAGCAAGAUCGUCCACCAGAGUACUGGCUGGGAGUUCCUACUUGUGGAUUUGUUUUGUUGGUUUUUUUUUUUGCUUCCUCCUUCCCUCUUCCCCUCCCCACCCCCUUUUUAUUUUUUGUUUUUCUCUGUGGAAAUCCCAGUUUCAUUGUAGCAACAAGCUAUGCCAACAGCAGGGUACACCCCAUGUGUCCCAGGAAAAGCAGCAUUGCCAACUAUAGGCCUCAGUGUCCCAAGUGGCACCAAUGCCUUUGGAGUGGUGGGUUCUUCUGCUCUGCUCUUGGUUUUAUAAAUAUCGAAUCCCUUUUUUGUGGGUUUUUUUUUUUUUUUUUGUUUGCUUGUUUUUUUAAGCAUACAAAGUGAUGUUGCCUCGAACGGCAGCACUCCAGAAACAAAAAGAUAUUGAAAAAUGCAUAUUGAAAGAGUUGCAGUAGUUGGCAAUGCUGCAAAGGACCUUGGGUGAAAUUGGGCAAGAAAAGAGAAUGCUUUCUUUGGUAGAAAUGGUUGGAUUUUGCAUUCUGCACAGUGUGUAUGAAGGAGUCACUUUCCCUCAUGCAUAUUUGGGGCUGGCUCUGCCUGCAGGCAGCUGCAGCUCUGCUGGUGGAGAAAGCAGAGCAGAACUCCAGUGCUGGAUUCUUUCGGAUCUUGUUGGCAAAGCUUUUUGUGUGUAUGCAAGAGAUAACUCAAACUUGAUUCCCAGCAAUUUUGAAAGGUAUUUACCAUGCAUAAUAACAAAUCAUGAACCUUCAUAUGUCAUGAUGGCUGUUAUCUGCUCUGCCGGUUCUGUGAUGGCUAUUCAGUGUUCACCUUCAUUCUCUUCUCCUCCCCAGGACCUAUUAUUUUUCAAAAAAUAAUAGGAGAUAAAAUGCUUUUAAUAUUUUCUCCCUCGUAUCUGCAUUUUAGCUCUUUUCAGAAACAAGACCAUGGAGUAUUUUUAAGUGACACGUUUCCAUUUCAGUACUGUUAUUCCAGAGACUUUGGUGUAAGCUAAAUUUCAACCUAGUGAGGUUUGCAGAGCCGUCUCCUGUUAACUCCAGGCAAGAAACUGAGCUCUCCUCAUCCCACGGGGCUCACAGCUAUUGAGUGUCCCCAAGGGGCAGGGAAUAGCCUGUGGGCCUUCGCUCACCUGAGGAGUGUUUUCAUGCUGAGAUUGCCAGAUAUGGCCUCAGACUGGGAAACUGCCUCUACAAAGAGGAUGGAGGCGUUCCUGCUCCACUCCUCCCACUGCAGACCCUUUCACUCCAAAGACACUCCUACAAAACCUUGUGGAGGGCAGCACAAAGGGUUUGGUGCUUCCUUUGCUGGGGAGCUGUCACCGCUCAGCCCAUGGCUGAUGGCUCAGGGCUGUGUGGUGGAGAUGCUCUGUCCCACCUGGGCCAACCAGUGCUCCUUCUCCAUGAGGUCCUCAUGAUAACUGAAGGUCAGCAACUGGAUUGAUAGGGGAAAUUUGGUGCAGCUGGACUUCAUGGUGAUGGAGUGUGCACUGGGGGCUGGAUCUCACCUGGCUUCCCAGCCUCUGGACUUCCCAGUCCCACAUGGCUCUUAUUUUAUGCAUUUAGUAAAUGCUACCAGAACCACUUAUUAAUUAGAGCUGAUAGUAGACAGCGUUUUCUUCCCCUCUUAUUGAUAUUUUUAUGGCAACAUAAACGUACACCAGCUGUAAGAAGUGAUGUGUGCAGAUGGCUGUGCGGCUCCUACCUUGUAGGAACCAGGUUCUGCAAAUGCUUUGUACCCCAAACCUCACAUGCCCAAAGACAGGGCCAAAUCCUGGUCAGUUCUGGUCAGAGCUGGGCACAGCUGAGCUCUGCCCUCUGUAGCAUGGGGCAGGCAGCAGCCUUUGCCCCAAAAACAGGCAUUGCCCACCGUGUUCUUCAGGCCAGCACCUCACCAUGGCAGUGCUUCAGAGCUCUCCUGAGAUAUCCUUAUUUACACUCCUUGCCUUCCAUAGAUCGUGUUCACCAUCAUCACAAUAGAUCAGUUUUGCCAUAGCAAAAAUAAGAAAUAAAUAGCAGAUAAGACUCAUGUGCAGCAGCCAGGACACCACAGCUGCUCUCUGAACCCAAACCAGAGCGCUGUGCACACGCGUUCUCACGAGAGUAAAGGUGAACAUCUCACAGUUUCUUGCUGAAAAGCAUUUCUGGUUUGUGCAUGCGGAGUGAAUUGUUUUAACAAGAUUAGAGGUGUGGUUUAUUUUUAAAGUGUUUUUCCUCUUUCUGUUAAUCAGAUUUUCUUUGUUACUUUCCAGCAAAAAUCUUU